AUGUCCUCAAUGUUUGACGACAUUCUUAGUAGGGCCGAAAAACUCUCAUCCGCGAAUUUUCACGCAACAUUGUCAGAUUCUGCUGCGGCAAAGAAGAAUGGCAGUGUUCUUUUCGAUAGCGGCAAUGCUCAGGAGAAUCGCUACACCGGCACAAGUUUCGACACCGAUCUUAACAGCGUUUUCCGUGCAAGUGAGCACUUGUGGAAGACAAACGCAGCAUCAGCACCAAUCCAGAAGAGCUUUCUUUUUGGUGAGAAAGGUGUGGUAUUUGGGGUGAGCGCUCCUACUCUCAAAGAAGUGCAUAUUCUUCCGAAGUCCAGCGAUGAUCUAGAGCCUGAAGUUGAUUUGGAGCGCGUCAGGCUCGAAUCUGAUCGUUCUUUCUUCAACCAUGUGCUUCUUUCUCGGCCACAACCAGUUGCAGCACAUCCAUCGAAACAACCCGCUAAAGUGCCUUUAGUAAGCAGAUGUCCUGCCAUUCUUCCAACGUCUUCAAGUAGAAGAGAUCUGGUCUUUGCUGAUAAAAUAAGGAAAUACCUUCGUAGUAAAAAGAAGAAAGACCUCAAUCAGUUAUUCUCAGAAGCAGCGAAAGAAAGUGGGACAGAUGGUUCUCUAGUUGGUGUGUGGGCUGAUGUUACUGCUUUGCUUGAUCAAAAAAUAUCAGCCGAUCGCGAUGAUGCAACUACCAUCAGCCUGUUGAUAGAAAAAGCUUGCAAUUAUCUUCAACGACUGUUUGUGGAACACAUGGAUGUCCACGUGGAAAGAAAUCUUGAGCGGGCUCAACGUGGAGGUGUACCUGGAACACGAGGGCUAGUAGACGCUUUUCUCAAAAUUGGAGCGGACGAUCCGUUUGCGGAGGACGGAACUGUUGACGGAUUACCAGUUUGGGAGGUGACUUAUCAUUGUCUGCGUGCUGGUGAUUUGGCUGCUGCUAAGGAUGCUUUGGAAUUACUCGCAAACUUCCCGCAAGCGGCUGUUCUAGUCGCUUGCCUCAAUCAUCUCUGCAAAGAAAACAAAUUGGAUGUUGAGCUAAAGAAAAAGCUCAAGGUAGAGUGGAGACACAAUCUAAAUUCGGCAAAGGACAAAUACAAACGAGCCCUGUACGCUGCCCUCUUGGGUCAAGACUCAAACUUAUCGGACUCACUUGAGAAUUGGCUUUGGUUCAAAUUAUUUGCCCUCAGGAUUGAUCCCCAGCUCUCUCCAAUUCUAUAUUUCGAAGUGCAGAAGAAUGUUUCGAUUGAUUAUGGAGAAUCCUACUUCAUGGCCGGUGGAAAACUUGAAUUUCAUUAUUACUUCACGGCCUUGUGGCUUUCUGGACAGUUUGAACGAGCAGUGAAACUUCUUUUCGACUGCGGUCAUGUUUCCGAUGCGGUCCAUGUCGCAAUUCUUGCUUAUGAACUGGGAUACCUUCGGAACACUGGUGAUGCAGCUGCUGAAAUAUUGGUGGUAGAUCCCGCCCAAAUGACAAAAUGUUCCUGCAACAUAGCACGCUUACUCGUUUCUUUCACCAAGGAAUUUGAGCUGGACGACGUGGGAAGAGCGCUUGAUUAUUGGUCUCUUCUGAAGGGUUUAAAGACGCCUUCUGGAAGUGACGUAUUUGAGAUGGCUGUGAGUAGGGCGGUGUAUCUUACAGGGCAAGCAGAUGCCAUACUUGGUGUGCUAGGAACAGAUGGAAAACGGUGUCCUGCUCUCAUUGAUGAAUAUCUGGAUGAUCCAUCCGACACCAUUUGUCGUGUAGCUCAUGACACUGAGCUUGGAGGUGAUUGCACGCAAGCAGUGAAGUUGUAUAUGUUGGCAAACACCCCAUUGAAGGCUAUAGAACUUUUGUGUUCGGAGCUGAGCGACUCAAUAAGAGUGAAUCGAAGUAGAAUGGGUGAGCUACGCUGCUUAGCCGAAGACGUCAUCUCAGCACAGAGUGAGCUUCGAGCUAGUGUUCUUUCAACUAUGUGUAUUCUUUUGGAUAUUGGAAUCUUAAUCGAUUUGUGCGAAGCGGAUCAGCCUGAUAAAGCUUUGAGUGUUUCACAACAGCUCCGAUUGAUUCCUGUCGAUUUGGAUCAAGUGCCAGUGAUUGUUGGAGAAUUCCAUUUGGUUCCGCAGAAGGUACGUGAAGUAAUACCAGAUCUCUGCUUGCAUCUUAUGAGGUGUAUGGUGAAUGCAAUCCAUUCUACUGUCGAUCCUACUGUAAAAUAUGUUAAGCAGGUCAAAGCUAUUGUUGUUUACGCUGCUACCGUGAACUACAAGUUUCCUCAACAUAUAACGUCCAGGCUGUUGCAACUGCAGGCCACAGUAGCUGUUUAA